AUGGAUAGGCAUUUAAGAUUAGAAAAUGAAUCGGUGUCUAGUAAAGUCCCACAGUUAAAUUGGAACAGCAUAAUUUUACUGAAUGAAUGGGGUAAAGAACAAAAUCUAAAAGUAGCUGAGUUAUCAUCAGCAUUAGAUAGGAUAUCAAGAGAUAAUGUGUUUAAAAAUUUUUCAAAGACCGAAGUAAAUGUGAUAGUUAGCACAGAUGCUUUAGCAAGAGGAAUAGACAUACCAGAUUGUAAUUAUGUUAUAUCAUAUGACCCACCCAGGAAUAUUAAAACAUAUGUCCACAGAGUUGGUAGAACAGGAAGGGCUGGAAGAAUAGGCUAUGCUGUAACAAUUUUGCAACAUAGUCAGUUAAACAUGUUUAAGGAACUCCUUUUGGCAAGGGGAAAAGAUGAAAUACCACAAAUGGAAAUACCAGAGGAAGUAUUUAGUCACCUGUUGAAGGGUUAUGAAUGUGCAAUUCUCGACACCAAAAAAAUCAUUCAUACAGAAAUUAAUAAUAAAGUAAAAAAAUCAAUUGAACUUAAAAGGGGCAUUAAGAAGAAGCCGAGAAAAAGGAAAAUA